CUCCUCCACUUCCCUCUCUCUCCCUUUAGGGUUUUUGUAGAGAGACUGACUAACUCUUGCACAGCUUUCCCAGCCAUUCUAUCUGUGUAGGCCUGUCUGACUCACUGAUCUGGGGCCAGCGGGAUUUUACAACUGUGCCCAUCCACUCACACUCCCAUCAGUCUCCACCUGAUUCCAGACCUGCCUGCCAGGGUUGACUUUGGCUCCCCCAGCCUGGCUACUGAUGAAAGACAAGGAGAGAAGUUAACAAGAGUUUAGACAGACACACACCUUACACAGCACACAGGUGGUCAGGACCCUCAUCAGGGAUCAAAGGACCUGAAUCAGCUUAAUAUGGACGAAUCUUCUCCCUUUCUCCUGUGAUGUUGAGUUCAAUGAGUCCAUGUUAUUUAGCCGACCUGAGUCACCCUUAGUUUGUUUUGGUCCAAAACCCAUUAUCAUCUGUUAGUGAUUGUCCCUCAAUGGGUUUCAUAAUGUUUUGGUGUCACAUCUGAAUCACCUGCCUAUUAGCUAGGUUACUCAACUCUCUUACCUGUCUGUGACAGUCUCUCUGGCCUGACUCAUUUUUAUCUUCCUUAACCCUUAUAUCGUACCUGUCUGUUAGUCUGCCCCCCCCCCCCAUCUCUCUCAUAUCUCUUACCUCUAUCUCUCUCUCCUGACUCACCUGUUUGUCUGUCCCUCCAUUGGUACGACAGGUGAGGGCUGGCCCUCUAAAGAGGAAGUGUGUGUGUGGUGAAGCAGCAGGUGGCUGGCGGGUUAAUGGUAUAAUGGCAAACGGUGUAAAGGAACGGUUACACCAGAGCGCAGGUAUGAGGGUGUGACGAGAUCCUGGAGGUCCUCCAGAUUCACCUGUCCUCCUAGUCCAAGCCCCACCUGCUGGAAAGUGGGAGGGAGGGAAGAAGAGAGGUGUGCCGUGCCGUGGUAGCUCUUUGCAGAACGAAGGUAUGAGCUGAGAGCAGUGUGUGAUACUGAGUGCGUUAGCUGCUUUGUGGGAAAGAUUGACUUGGAUUGAAUACAGUAGGCUGGAUCUCUUGGUGUUAUUUUGGUUCUGUGGAAUAUCUGACAAAAUUCCAUUGUAGCCUACUGCUCCCUUGAGUGGCUGGGACUAAGCGACGUGGACCAGCGCCUCUACGUGUUGAAGCGCCUGGAGGAACUGGUGACGCUACAGGACCAGCAGGAGACCCCCACCGGACCCCCCAGAGACCACCAUCUCGGUACCUGUCCUCCCCAGCAUCCGCAGCAUCAUGAGCAGCAGAGCCCAGUGAGAGCGGUGCCAGAGGAGCCCAGUGAGAGCAGCCACACAGGGAACAUCGACCGCGGGCGCAGUUCGUCCUUCCAUGAGGUGCGUGGUCUUCGGGAGGCUGAGAUGAGGGCGGCGGCCGACGAGACGUCCAGCAGCAGCAGUGGCAGCAGCAACACCGUCCUGCAACGACUCCUCCAGGAGCAGAUGCGCUAUGAUGAGGGACGCAACUACCAGCUGGCCAUGCAGGAGCAGCAACGGCAGCGGCAGCAGCAGGAAGGAGGGGUGAGCGGAGGCUACCCGGGCCAGGGAGGCCCCAACGACGACCGGCACGACUCCAUGGUGCCCCACAUCGCACGGCAGGAGCCCCAGGGACAGGAGCUGCAGGCAGACAGUGGCAUGGAGAAACUGGGCUCCCGCGGUGGGGGAAGUAGUGGAGUAGGAGGAAUGAGUGGUGUUGGAGGAGGCAGCGGCCAGGGCCCCAACCCAGAGGACUUACCCACCUACGAGGAGGCCAAGGUGCAGUCGCAGUACUUUCGCGGCCACCCGCACCACCAGCUACAUCAACAACAACAACAACAACAACAACAACAACAACAACAGUUGCCUCCGUCGGUGGGCGCAGCAUUUUACGUGACGGCCGUAACCAACAAUGGCAAGGUGCGUACGGAGGGGCGUCCCACGGUUCAGCGUCUGAGCAGCGGGGGAAAGGUGCACCAGGACGACGGGCUCAAGGACCUGAAGCAGGGCCACGUGCGCUCCCUCUCCGAGCGCCUCAUGCAGCUCUCGCUGGCCACCAGCGGGGUCAAGGCCCACGCCCCUGUCACUAGUGCCCCUCUUUCCCCCCAGCUGCCCCCUCCGGGUCCGCCGGGGGACUACUACAAGCCCUCGGGCCAACACCGGGGCCCUCCACCUGACUACCCCUUCAAGAACAUGGGCUCCUCUUCCAAACAGCUGCCGCAGCAUCAGGAACAAGGUGGGCACUAUUACCAGGACCAUCGGCCAAGGGAGCAGGGCAGGAACGAGGUGCCACACGUCCGCUACCAGCCUCCGCCAGAGUACGGCUCCUUCAGGUCCAAUAAGGAGAGCUCCGUCCACUCCCAGAGGUCUGUCCAUCACCACAGCCCCACCUCCUCGGUCACCUCAGUGGGCUCUCUGUCCCGAGCCCAGUCCUCUACCCUCGGUAGUCUCCUCAGCGCCUCCCACCCCUCCCACGCGCACCCCCACCCCCAGGGGGACCCCUACGCCGCCAUGGCUCCCCGAAGCCCCCAGGGCCCUGGAUCACACCAGGGGGACCCAUAUUGUCCCGGGCCCAUGCACCCUCCAAUUCAGAGGGGCCACAGCUUCCCACACGACCCCUACGGCUCCACCUCCAGGAUGCACCACCAGCAGCACCACCAAUAUCAACAACAGCAGCAACAACAACAACUCCAACACCAGCACCAACAGUACCACUCCCAGUCAUCCCAGGGCCACCCUCCCCAGCACUACCCCCACCCCCAGGGGGACCCCUUCGCCAUGAUGUCCCGCGCCCAACAGAUGGUGGACAUGGUGUCAGAGGAGAACCGGCUGCUCAAGCAGGAGAUGGAGGUGUGCUGCGAGAAGGUCACCAAGCUGCAGAAGUUGGAGACAGAGAUCACGCUGGUGUCGGAGGCCUAUGAGAACCUGGCCAAGUCAUCCACUAAGAGGGAGGCUCUGGAGAAAACCAUGAGGAACAAGCUGGAGCUGGAGGUGCGCAGGCUGCACGACUUCAACAGGGACCUCAGAGAGCGUAUGGAUACUGCCAACAAGCAGCUAGCUGCUAAGGAGUGGGAGGGAACGGAAGACAACCGAAAGACCAUCUCUCAGCUACUCACCCAGAACAAAGAGACGGUGCGUGAGAAGGAGAAGCUGGAGAUAGAGCUGAACUCACUGCACUCCUCCACGGACGACCAGAGACGACACAUUGAGAUCAGGGACCAGGCUCUCAACAACGCCCAGGCCAAAGUAGUCAAACUGGAGGAGGAGUUGAAGAAGAAGCAGGUAUAUGUGGAGAAGGUGGAGCGCAUGCAGCAGGCCCUGGCCCAGCUCCAGGCUGCCUGUGAGAAGAGAGAGCAGCUGGAGCACCGCUUACGCACGCGGCUGGAGCGGGAGCUGGAGUCACUACGCAUGCAGCAGAGACAAGGCGGCUCCCAGAGCAGCAGCAGUGGUCAGGAGUACAACGCCACAGCUCUGAUGGAGCACCUGAGGGAGAAGGAGGAGAGGAUCCUGGCCCUGGAGGCAGACAUGACCAAGUGGGAGCAGAAGUACCUGGAGGAGAGCGUCAUGAGGCAGUUUGCCUUAGACGCCGCCGCCUCCGUCGCCACCCAGAGGGACACGUCGUCGUCAGUGAUAAGCCACUCCGCCAGCAGCAGCUAUGAGCAGCAGCUGUCAGUGGAGGCUCGUAUCCAGAAGGAGGAGGAGGAGAUCCUGCUGGCCAACCGCCGCUGUCUUGACAUGGAAAGCAGGAUCAAGAACCUGCACGCCCAGAUCAUUGAGAAGGAUGCCAUGAUCAAAGUGCUCCACCAGCGUUCCAGGAAGGAUCCCAACAAGGACCGGGAUGCCGCGGCCACCAUGCGACCCUCCAAGUCUCUGAUGUCCAUCGCCAACACGGGCGGCUCGGGCCUGCUCUCACACAGCUUGGGCCUCAGCAGCUCCCCCAUCACAGAAGAGCGCAAGGACAGCAGCUGGAAGGGCAGCCUGGGAGUUCUGUUGGGUCCAGAGUACCGUACCGAUUCUCUGAGGACAGAGUCCAUCUCGUCAUCUCCCUCCCCGGUCCUGCCCCUGACAGCAGGCCACUCUAAGACGGGCAGCAGGGACAGCUGCACCCAGACAGACAAGGGCCAGAACCAGGAAGCUAGCAGCAAGCCUAGCACCCCAGCCCUGCAGAGCACGACCCUGCCUAGCCGCCUCUCCAGCCCCAGCCCCGUCUACAUACCUGACCGCAUCGCAGAUGUGCCAGUGUUCCACAGCAGUACCCUGGAGAGGCGUGUCAUGGUGCAGUCCCACCCCCAGGCCACAUCAGCCCCUCAACAGGAAGACAAUGACAUGGUGGAGAUUCUCAUCUGAACUGAACCAUGUCCUCUAUAGGUCACAGGACAGGAGGACAAUAUGUGAUUGUGCAUAAUCAAUACACACACACAAACAUUCACAGACACACUUUCAAAAUAGGUGGAGGAUUCCUUUUUUUGUUUUUUCAACGUUUGGUGUUUAACUAGUUGUCGAGUGACCGAGGGUGUGUUCAAAUGCACAACUUUUUUAGAUGUGCUUUAAUGAACAAUACUUUGUACGGAUUGUGAUUCGGGAGGUUUUAGUGUCAUCAGAGCGAUCAGUGUUGCUGGAGGCUAUUGGUUAACUAGCCUCCUUGGACCAAAUGUAUUGGCUACCAUACGUUGCAUCUAUUGCACUACUUACUUUUUUCACGUUAAGUCUGAUUUAGGUAAUCUAUUUAUGUGUAGUAAACAGUACAUUAUUCACCAAUGUUAGACGUGGCACUUGGGUAAUCAGUGAUAUUGUAAACUACAAAACAUUAUUUUAACCUGUAGAUACUGUAUGUAUGGCAUGUGUAUCAUUUAACCGAACUGAAUGGAAUAGGUUUUUAGAAGCCAUUCGGUUACAUGGCACUGCCAGCCAAGGACCACAAUGCACUGUUUAAAGUAUUGGGGGACCGGCCCCCCCAUGUCACAGUGGAAAACUUGGGGGAGCGAGACUCACAUUUCUACUGUGGUCCAAUGUGCUGCCUGUGUGACCCCACUGGAUGGGGUCUGUCUCUUUCGAAGUGCAGCAGUAGAAGAGGUUUGGUGUUCACCGAUGUGCCUAUGCAUCAGUUAAGGUUCUCCACUAUACCUGUUAAGUAUCCUUCAUUCCAGUCAUGCUGGGUUUGAAAGGGUCUUCUGCCCAGACUUGCUUCAAAUGAUAUUAGGCGUGAAAUAGUCCGUUAGGAUUUUAACUACUAGUUUAUGCAAUGAUCAGACAAUCUGGUAAUCAACUGUCUUUCUACACGAUUGACAUUGUAUUUAUGAAACUAUAUGGCUCUGUUUACAAAGGAAGCCCAAUUCUGGUCUUUUGACAAUAAUUGGGCAAAAGAUAGGAAUUGGGCUGCCUGGUUAAACGCAGCCUAUGUGGUGAUGUUAGCAGUUGAAA